CAGGGUUAUUUGCGCGUCCUAUGGCUUAGUAGACAUCCUUUCGCAACCUCCUGCCUAAGCCUGAAGUCAUGAGGGGUUCCCUUCCACCUUCACCUUGUCCAGCUGUUGUACGCGAUGUGGAGGACAUCGUUGCAAUGCCACUCGUGUCAGACACGCAACAUUUUGGGAGCGUGGCCAUCCUGGACAGCUGCACCGGGUGUACGACCUGCCGAGUCCUGGCGCCUGACAUCUUCCUGGAGGCACGGCGGACCUCGCGUGACCCCACCAUCUUCACAGAAGUGGCAGGCAGGCCGCUUCGGUCGAUGGAAGAAGCGGAACAAGUGCGAGAGGCGGUCAUGGCUUGCCCCGUGCAUGCGGUCAAGUGGGUAAAGCGGCCCAAGGCCUUGAAAGCGCGACCGUUGACGGAAGUGUAUCCGAAGCUCCUGGAUGAAAACGUAUACGUUGGAGGGCCCCCAUCCAAGAAACUUUUCGGUGGAGCCUCGUACCUGAUUGUGGGACAGGGCAAUAAGCGGGGUAGGAACAUAUUGGUGGAUACCCCCGACCCGGAGGAGGCCCUUGUGGACCGGGUGCGGGCCCUGGGAGGGUUGGACUACAUUAUUUUCACGCACAUUGACCACGUAAGCCUCCAUCGGGCCUGGAAAGAGGCAUUUCCCAACGUCCAGCGGGUGAUGCAUGCCGACGAUUUUAAUGACGACACGCAGGACUUUGAAAUCAAGCUGCAGGGCGGGAAGACCGCGCGGACUGCCGACGGAGGUAUCCACGACGCGGCGCCGCCCUUAGUCUGUUCCUUGCCCGGGUGGGAGGACGAGCUGGAGCUGAUCCAUGGGCCGGGGCACACGCCGGGCUCCAUCUACGUCCUUUACAAGGAGAAGUUCCUCUGCACGGGGGACUCCCUCCAUUACUCGCGGGCGGUAGGCCACCUGGUCGGCUUCCGCCUUCAGUGCUGGGAGUCAUGGUCCCGGCAGCAGACGUCUUGGCGCCGUCUGCUCCGUCACUCCAGUGCCUUUUCCUGGGUCUUACCCGGUCAUGGAGAGCCCCACCGGUUCCCGACUCCAGGGGAGGCGCGCGAAAGCUUGGCCGCGGCCAUCCAAUGGGCCUUGGGCUUCCCCGACGGCCGGACCCCAUCCAGGCGCUUUCGUCUGUGGGCGACGACGCGGGUGACCAGUCGACGGAAAUGGCUGCGUUGGCUCGCGGACAAUCUGGUCCUACCCCCAGGCUCCAGGCUGGCGAUCCCAUGUUACGCCGGGCCGGCGGGGGCUGUGUUAGAGGGGGGGGGAGGCCCAGGCUCGGGGCUAGGCGCGAUGUUGCAGUCGCUGUGUAAGAUAGAUAGAGGCACAGGGGUUGCGCUUGGGCUUACUUCUUUUGUGUUGGGUGUGGUAGUGGGGGUUGG